AUCAAGAAAAUUUCUAAUAAUAUUUUUUUUUUUACUUUAAUUUUUGGAACUUUUAUAACAAUUUCUUCAAAUUCUUGAUUAGGAGCAUGAAUAGGGUUAGAAAUUAAUUUAUUAUCUUUUAUCCCCCUAAUAAAUGAUAAUAAAAAAAAUUUAUUAACAUCAGAAAGAUCAUUAAAAUACUUUUUAAUUCAAGCUUUUGCUUCUUCAAUUUUAUUAUUUGCAAUUAUUAUAUUACUAUUUUUUUAUAAUAAUAAUUUUUAUUUAAUUAAUAAAAUUAAUGAAGUUCUAAUUUUAUCUACUUUAUUAUUAAAAAGUGGGGCAGCCCCCUUUCAUUUUUGAUUCCCUGAAGUAAUAGAAGGAUUAAGAUGAAUUAAUGGAUUAAUUUUAAUAACAUGACAAAAAUUAGCUCCUAUAAUAUUAAUUUCUUAUAAUUAUAUAUACAAUUUUUUUAUAAUAUCAAUUAUUUUAUCUAUAUUAAUUGGAUCUUUAAUAGGAUUAAAUCAAACCUCCUUACGAAAAUUAAUAGCAUUUUCUUCUAUUAAUCAUUUAGGAUGAAUGUUAUUAGCAAUAAUAAAUAAUGAAUUAAUUUGAUUAUCUUAUUUUUUCUUCUAUUCUUUUUUAUCUUUUUCUAUUAUUAUUUUAUUCAAUAAUUUUAAAUUAUUUUAUUUUAACCAAAUUUUUAAUAUUAGUAUAAUAAAUCCAAUUAUUAAAUUAUUAAUUUUUUUAAAUUUUUUAUCUUUAGGAGGAUUACCUCCAUUUUUAGGCUUUUUACCAAAAUGAUUAGUUAUCCAAAAUUUAAUUAAUAUAAAUCAAUUAUUUAUUUUAACUAUUAGAGUUUGUUUAACUUUAAUUACUUUAUAUUUUUACCUUCGUCUUUCUUACAGUAUUUUUAUAUUAAAUUUCAAUAAAAAUUCUUGAAUGUUAAUGAAUAACUUUAGCAAUAAAAAUAUAACUUUUAUUUUAACUAUAAAUUUUUUUUCUAUCAUAGGGUUAAUAAUUAUUUCAUUAAUUUACCUAAUUUUAUAA